ACAAAGAAGAAACAAGUAAAGAAGGUUGGUGUGAGAGGGAAUCAUCUGAGUCUGGGUGCUCAAGUUCCACUACCACACUCACUGUUGGAUCUUCUUCUCUUCUUCCCUCUUCAGCUCUCCUAACUACACAUUUCUGAAUCCAUUGUUCUCAGUUCUAUUUUCUGCCUCUUGGAUGUUUGAGGUGUAGGCAAAAUGCAGAAUCCAGGUGCAAAUCAGCUUCCUGAAGUUGAUUCAUUGCCAGAUGGUUUUGUUGAGAGCACUACAGAGCCUCUUGCUCCUGCAACACCGAUUCCUGAACAAGAGAAGCCCCUGAAUAGUUACAAGGAGGAUGGUUCCUUUGGCUACAGUCAUUCUAAUGAAUUAUCAAAUGAGUUGGGAGGAAAAGGGUUUCAAAACAAUCAUGAUUGCUCAGUGGAGGCUCCGUUUAAUAGCUGUAUGCAGCAGACAGAAGGUACACAGAUUACGCCUCCUCUAGCUAGUUCUGUUUCUGAGUCUCCACUAUCUAGCUGCUGUAAGUUAAAAGAGCAACAACAAGGAGAAUUUCAAAGUUCAGAAGAUAGAUCAACUGUUGAACCUUUGGAGAAUAAAGCACUGCCUCUAAAGGAUGCUUGUUCACCAGAGAUUGUCGAUUCUUCAAAAAACAGAAAACCAGAAACUGGUGAAAAGCGUAAGAGUGCAAAGCGUACACUUAAAUCAGAAAAGGAGCUUUUAGAAUUUACUCUGAAAUAUCAACAAGUGUUGGCAGAAAGAGAUGCAGCUCUUGCUGUCAGAGAUAAGCUUGAGUCACUGUGUAGGGAGUUGCAACGUCAAAAUAAAAUGCUGAUGGAAGAAUGCAAACGUGUAUCAACUGAGGGACAAAACUUGAGGCUGGACUUGUCAGCCAAGUUUCAAGAUGCAAUCAAGGAUGUGAGCAUUAGGCUUGAAGAACGAAAGGAUGACUGUCUUUCUCAGCUAAAGGAGAAUGACAUGUUAAGAAACAAGCUAAAGCAGCUUGCUGAUCAAUAUGAACUAUCUGAGCAGCAAUAUGCCCAGAAGUUGAAGCAAAAGUCAUUGGAACUACAGCUUGCUGAUUUAAAAAUAAAGCAACAUGAGGAAAAAUUGAUUCAGGAACAGUCACAGAUAAAAUUAUAUGCAGAACAAGUAUCUCAAUUAUUAGCAACUGAGAAGAAUUUACGUUUGCAGCUGACAACUGAUGGAGAAAAAUUCCAACAGUUUCAGGAAGCAUUAUCAAAGAGCAAUGAUGUUUUUGAAACAUUUAAACAAGAGAUUGAGAAGAUGGCAAAAUCAAUCAAGGAACUCAAGAAGGAGAAUCAAUUCUUGAAGAGUAAAUCUGAGAAGUCUGAUGUUACACUUAUAGAGUUAGUUGAUGAGCGUGAGCGCUUGAAGAAACAGCUGGAGAAAACGAAAAAUCAGAAAGAAAAACUGGAGUCAUUAUGCAGGUCACUUCAGGCAGAAAGGAAGCAAAUUUCCUCUGAGAACAAGAGCAAUAACCCGGUUGCAACAUGAAGAAGAGCUGGUUCCAAGCAUUUUUAGAAAAUAACUUUUGGAAGGAAAUGUAACUUUCUAUUACAUGGUUUAUAUCUGGCAUAGUGGCAUGGCUUGGUUUGUCAGGGUACUUGCAUGCAAUUGCAUAAUUUGUGAUUCUUUUGCUAUAUUAAUAUCUUUUAUCCAUUUCAACAUUUUAACAGGGUAGAACAUCUAUUUUACUGACCUUGGCUUUCUUGCUUUUAUAGUGCAGUUUCUCUCAAGGUUCGUAAGGAGGCUUAAGCACUUUGGGCAUUUUCUACCCUUGUAUGUGUUUGCAGGGUGGUUGUUCUGGCUUACUAAUGAUACGAAAUUUCAAAACAAA